AAUUGCUUUAAUAACGUGUGCGGACACGACUUCCGGCACAAUAUGGAUGUCAUAACAAACGCGUCGGACGUCUACUCCACCGACUAUUUCACCGAUCGGUGCCUUCAUAUCAUCGCGCAACACAACACGAGUCAACCCCUGUUCCUAUACAUGCCCUAUCAAGCGGUUCACGCGAACUUACUUACUAGACCAGAGUCGCCCCCGAAAUACACGGAUAUGUUUUCGCACAUCUUAUCGGCCGAUCGACGGGAGUUCGCCGCCAUUGCCUAUACUAUGGACGCAUCCAUUGGUGCGGUGAUGGAGGCGUUGCAUAACAAGCAUAUGCUGGACAACUGUAUUGUUAUAUUUGUGAGCGAUAACGGCGCUGAUCCGCAACUGGGCUCUGGUAACAACGGCUUAAACCGUCCCCUCCGGGGCUCCAGGAGGGAGCUGUAUGAAGGAGGCAUUCGAGUGCCGGCCCUCCUAUGGAGUCCAUUAUUGAACAAAAGUGGUUACGUUUCGGACGCUUUGAUUCACGUCACAGAUCUGUUGCCUACAGUAUUGGAUGCGAUCGACGGCACAGGAAUAGAAGAUCAGAAAAAUGCUUAUGGAAUGUCUCAAUGGUCUACCCUAUCAACCAAUGGGCGACCCGUGCGGUGGGAAAUCCAUCAUAACGUGGAUCCGCUGUGGAAUCAGUCGGCCAUUCGGUGGUACGACUGGAAACUUGUCCAAAGCUCUGAACCGGUGUUUUUCGGUAAAACCUUAGCCCAAAUGGACUAUAAUAACGGCCACAUCGGUGUCAAUAACGCCCACAACUUCCCUGCGCUUCAGUCAACGGAUCGUCUGAAGUGCAAAACCUAUGAUAUAUUGCGGCAAAUGAAUCGCAAACCCGAUUAUAACGUGUUAAAGGGGUCGGCCAUCGAGUGCUCGACUAAACCGCUUACUCAAACACCGGCCAAAUGUCUGAACGAGUUUUGUUUGUUUAACAUAAGGGACGACCCGUGCGAACAGCACGACCUGAUCGGCGAGAUUGAGGCCGAGUUUGUGGCCAUACUGUUGGAACGAUUGCGACAGUUUAACCGUACGUCUGUCCCACCACUAACUCUCGUACCGCUUGACCCCGUGGCCAGUGAUCCCGCACUAUAUAACUACACUUAUGUUAAUUGGUUGGAUUAUAAGUUGAUAAAUAGCGGACACCGAGCGGUGUUUGCUGUGGACAGCGUUUGGUCGGGAAAACUGACCGCUUAUGGCAUCGAAGAGAUAGUAUUGGCCAAAACGGAUCCACCGAUACAUCGACCGAACGAUCCCUCGGAAGCAACCCGAGAAAUGAUGGCAUCGGUAAUGCUUAGCGACGCGUCGGCCCUCCAGAAGGCUAUAAUCCGCGCAAAAAACUCCGAUUUGUGGAUAAAAUACGCUAUAAAAAUGGACAAACAGUUGGAGCGACUGAUGCCCGACAUUCGUCCAGAUGUUAUAGUUGUGGAUCAGUUGAUAGCACUGCCGGCGGUCGAGUUGUCGGGCAUACCGUGCGUCUGGUGCUGGAGUGCCGGCAUUCUUGAGAUGAUGGACAAUGAGAGGGCACCGCCUCGACAAUCAGACGUUCAACGACUAUGUGGUCGGCCGGGCUGCGAACCACUGCCCGAAUACUACUUCCAUAACCCCUCGCAUUAUCUCAAUAUAUGCAGCUAUCCCCUGGAGUUGGACUAUCAGGACAUCCGGCCGUUUGGCCGAAAUUAUAUCGGAUUUGAUCAUUUCAUGCGCACUGAACGGCACCUGACAUUCGCAGUGCCGCCAGAGUUGGCCGCAAAGCCGGGAAAAUUGGUGUACUUCUCGUUCGGAACAAUUGCUUCAAUCGAUGUGUCAAAUAUGCGCCGACUUUUGGCCAUUUUGGCCAAAUCUCCGCAUCGGUUCAUCGUAUCAAAGGGUCCGUUGCAUAUGGACUACACUCUGGCCGACAAUAUGUGGGGCGAGGAGUCUGUGCCUCAGAUCCAAGUCCUACCACUUGUAGAUCUAGUGCUAACUCACGGCGCCAUCAAUACUAUCACCGAAAGCCUAUACUUCGGGAAACCGAUGAUAGCUAUGCCUGUAUUCGGUGAGCAAUACGACAACGCACAGCGAUUGCAGGACAAGGGCUUUGGUCUACGACUCGACGCAUACAAGUGCUCAGAGGAGGAGCUGUUGGCAGCGAUCGAGACUCUACUGUCCGAUCGCCGAUUGGCUGAACGCUUGGCCGAAGUCUCCCGAAGAAUACAUACGGAUAAUAGUUUAGCAAAAGUGUCACAACUUUUUGAGGAUUUUGUUCAAAAUCGGCACAAAUAUAUUUAA